AUGAGCGUGCCCGGCGCGCUGCUCACCGUGCCGCUGCUCCUGCUGCAAGGGGGAUUUCCAGGGGCUGCCAGUGAUUCUGUGACUCUGAAGCAAGGAGAAAAUCUAAAUCUCAACUGCACCUUCAGCACCCUCAGCAACGACAACUUCACCCUGCAGUGGGUAAACCCCAAGAAUUUCACCAUUUUCCUCAACGCCCAGCAGGCUGCUCCAUCCCACCCCGUGCUGGAAGUCUCCCAGGAUAAAGGAAGAGGCAUCAAACUCUCCUGCUACACCCAGGGGGGCAGACCCCAGCCCCAGAUUUCCUGGCUGUUGGACAACGGGAUCGAGCUCCCAGGUGACACCAGGCACCAGCUGGGAGCUGAUGGGAAGAAAUGGAGCACAAGGAGCACGCUGAGGAUCCUCAGCUACAGCCCCAGAGGGACAGCCAGCUGCAUCAUCCAGCACCCUGCGCUGGGGGCACGGAGGCUGCUGGCAUCUUUCCCCUUCCAGGACCUCCCCAGCUCGGAAAAUGAUGUUUCACAGCAGACACUGGAGAGUUAUAAAUCCAGAUCUAAUGAAGACAGUCCAGGCCAUGAGAAGAAUGGACAAGCUGGAAAUCCCAAAUCCAACCUGCAAUAUGUAACAGAAGGACACGUGGAAACCCCAGAGAAGAAUUUGGAAACCCCAGAGAAAAAUCCCAAAAUCCCAGCGAAGAGCCCAGGUGCUCCUGGAAACCUGCCCUGAGCCACCUGGAACCUUC